CGAGUCCGCUGUCUCUCUGACUGUUCUCUCGUCUCUGUCUCUUUUUCCUCUCUGUUUCUCUCUUCUCUCUUCUCUCUAUCUCUCGUCUCUGUCUCCUACUCUCUUCCCUUGUAUCGGACUUGCUCUGAUAUUUUUUCCCCAAUUCUCUGUUGCAUAACGAUUUUCGUAGUCUAUCUAUCAUCAUGAUGAGCCCAUUGUCACCGGCUGAGGCCCCGAGGCGGGCCCAUCUCUACGUCGGCAACUUGAGUCCUCGAGUGACCGAGUACAUGCUCACAGAAAUUUUCGCUGUCGCUGGCCCGGUCCAGCACGUCAAAAUCAUCCCCGACCGCAACUACCAGCACGGCGGCUUGAACUACGGCUUCGUCGAGUACAUGGACAUGCGCGCGGCCGAGACGGCACUUCAAACCCUCAACGGGCGUAAAAUCUUCGACACGGAGAUCCGUGUGAACUGGGCAUACCAGGGUCAGCAAAACAAGGAAGACACGACCGGCCAUUACCACGUUUUCGUCGGCGAUCUCAGCCCCGAGGUCAACGACGAAGUUCUCGCGAAGGCGUUCGCUGCCUUCGGCACCCUCUCCGACGCCCGAGUCAUGUGGGACAUGAACUCUGGCAAGUCCCGCGGCUACGGCUUCCUCGCCUUCAGGGACAAGACAGACGCAGAGCAGGCUAUCGCAACCAUGAACGGCGAGUGGCUCGGUUCGCGGGCCAUCCGCGUCAACUGGGCGAACCAGAAGACCCAGGGUGCUCCCCCUCCUCGUGCCGGCAACGGCGGCAACGGCAGCGACGGCGGUCACGGCGGUGGCGGUGCGCCUGCCCCAAUGAACUUCCAGGGCGGCCCGCUCUCGUACGAGUCCGUCGUCCAGCAGACCCCCGCGUACAAUUCGACCGUCUACGUCGGAAACCUCGUGCCGUACGCGACGCAGGCGGACCUCAUCCCGCUCUUCCAGUCGAUCGGCUACCUGUCCGAGAUCCGCAUGCAGGCCGACCGCGGAUUCGCCUUCGUCAAGCUCGACACGCACGAACAUGCCGCGAUGGCCAUCGUCCAGCUCCAAGGCCAGAUGGUCCACGGCCGCCCGAUCAAAUGCAGCUGGGGCAAGGACAGGGCGGACGGCGGCGCCCUGACCACGGGUGGCAUGAGCCCCACCCCUGCCGCCGCCCCUUACGGCAACAUGCCCAUGUACGGGAUGCCCCAGCCCAACUCCUACGGCCAGUAUGGCUUUGGUGCCUACGGUGGAGCCCCCGGCAGUGCUGCUCCUGGGAUGCCUAGCCCAUCCGGCGCCGCUGGUGCCAUCGGCAUGGGCGCUGCUGGCCAGGCUGGUGCGGCGGAUCCCGCUGCUGCUGGCCAAGCAGCUCAAGGCCAAUGGGGCAGCGCCGAUCCUAGCGCUUACUACAAUAACUACUGGGGCGGUUACUACGGGCAACAGCCCGCUGGACAGGGCGGCGAUGCUCAAGGUGCAGCUUGAAUUAUGCUUUACUAAUGCGAACAACUCUUGUUCGCCGUCGAAUGUAGCAUCCCUCUCCUUUAUCUGAUGUUUGCUCUACGCUUGUGCCAGUAUCAGUCGUCAGUUCGCGUGGUUCUGUAGUUCUGUUCUCACGGGCAUGCCAGGAUGCUCUAUAUUAUUCGAAUGUCACCACCGCUUUGCAAUACUGA